UGUUCUGUGAAGAAGUGAGAAAAUCGUGUUAAUUUCUUUUUAUUUCUUAUUUAAGUGAUAAUUCAAUAAAAAAAAACAAGUGCACGGCUUAAUAGAUAAAUAUAUGUGCUUGCACGUACGUUUGUUAUAUCUAAACGGUAAAAGUGAAGUGCGUAUAGAUUUAACAACAAAUUUUCGCAGUGAAAAUUUUUGAGUGCACAAAAUUUACACGCACACAUAUAAAAAGCGUACACGCAGAUCCACUUACACCCGCGCGGAGGAGUGGCAAAAGCAGUGAUAUACAGCGCAGACACGACACAACACACGCGCGACCCAUGCACGACGCACCGGAGUAUAAACACAGCAGCAGCAGUAGCAGUCGUGAGCAGCACCAUCAGCUAGGAAGAGCUCCAGUACCCAACGCAGCAGGCAUUGGAGGAUCAAGGAUAACGCCAACCACGUCGACGCAUAUACCCUCCACAGUUAGCAAAACAAGCACUUCUUCAAUGGAGUCGAUUGGACAUAGAAUACAUAGACUGGAGAAACGCCUCGAGGAGGAGAAUAAUUCACACAAUCACUUGAUGUUUGUUACAGACACUCCUAGUGGUUCUACAACGCGCGUUGGCGACAGAGAUGUCCAUAUGUCGCUACCAAUCGGCAAGACAAAACGCCCCAACUUGGGUUUGGUUAUGCCGAACACAAAUCGCAAUGGCCCACAAACAGAAAUGCACAAGAAACUUAAAAGAAUACGACAACAAUCCGGUAUAUUAACUAUAAAUGGACAAAAAUAUACAAGUAUAAUGUCGGAUUUGGAGCACUUGAGCGAUUUGGGAAACGGCACUAGUGGGAAUGUGGUGAAAAUGCGACACAAACCUACGGGCACGAUUUUAGCCGUAAAACAAAUGCGGAGCACUGGCAAUGAUGAAGAGAAUAAUCGUAUACUCAUGGAUCUCGAUGUUAUACUAAAUUCACAUGACUGCCCAUAUAUAGUGCAUUGUUUAGGUUAUUUUGUAAAUAUACCGGAUGUGUGGAUAUGCAUGGAACUGAUGUCGAUGUGUUUUGAUAAGCUGUUAAGACGUUCCAAACAGCCGGUGCCGGAGAAUAUACUUGGAAAGGUUACUGUAGCGACGGUGCACGCUCUUUCUUAUCUAAAAAAGAACCACAAUGUCAUACAUCGAGACGUGAAACCUUCAAAUAUCCUCAUCGACGAACAGGGCAAUAUCAAAUUAUGCGAUUUCGGCAUUAGCGGGCGACUUGUGGAUUCAAAAGCGAAUACACGUUCUGCUGGGUGCGCCGCUUACAUGGCGCCCGAACGCAUCGAUCCGAAAAAGCCGAAAUAUGAUAUACGCGCCGAUGUUUGGUCAUUGGGCAUAACGCUAGUGGAACUCGCGACCGGCCGUUCGCCUUACGAAGGCUGCAACAUAGACUUUGAGGUGCUGACUAAAAUUUUGGAUCACGAACCACCCAGUUUGCCAUACGGUGAUGGUUUCGAUUUCAGCCAAGAGUUUCGCGACUUUGUCGAUAAAUGUCUGACGAAGAAUGUACAUCAGCGCCCCAGAUACCAGGAACUCUUGCAGCAACCAUUUUUUCGUUACUACGAUGCGGCUGAUGUAAAUGUGGUUCAAUGGUUUAAGACUGUUGUCGAAUCUGCCGACAUAGAGAUGCAUAGAACUCACAUGCCAAUUACAACAACAACCACAGCUACACUCAGAGGAGAUGUAACAGCAGUAUCAAAUAGUAAACAUAACAAAAUUGCAAAUGCAACAAUGUUGCCAACAGCAACAACAACAAUAGCAACAACGACAAUAAAUCCAAAAAUGCCAGCGGCAAGCACCACAAACAUCACACACAUACCCAGCUAUCAGAAUUCCUAUCACAGCGCCGCCACAGCCACAGCCACACACAACACACAGCCACAAACGCUUGCGUCACGCUACAAAAAAGACGAUUACCUGCCACAUUAUCAGCCACAAUAUGCACACGCGCAAACGCAGUUGUCACAUCAUCAUCAACCAUCACAACUACCUCAGCCGAUUGCAAGCUAUUACAACAACACCAUCGCCAACAAUCAUUUACAGGGCGAGCGUGGUGGAGGCGGUGGCGUCUGCGGCAACACUGGCGGCGGCGUUGCUCUAAGCAGUGGUGUCGGCGGUGGCGGCGGCGGCAAUGGUUACGGCAGCGGUGGUUCUGGCAGCAAUAGCGCCAACAGCAGCAGUCCACAAUCGCCGCCGAGCAGCAGCUACAAGGAUGCAACGCACAAGGACGACACCACACAUAUUGUCAGCGAGAUGAGCAAAUUGUACCGCAAAUCACCGUUUCUGCAGCGCAAAUAUAGCAAUGGUUCAGGUCUGAAAUACACCAGUGCGGUUGGCGUCGCCGAGAGUCCCAAAAAGGAAUCCAUGUUUAGCAGUAUAGGUCAAUCGAUUAUACGCAACCUCACCACGUCGCCGUUUAGUCAAAAGAAGCAUCAUACACCACAACCGCAUCAAGUGGAUCCACUUUGGCGCAUGCCGAAUGUGCAGGAGAUGGGCGGCAACGCAUUCGAUGUGUAUGACAGUCCGGCUCUGCCGAAGACGGUGGCGCUUGGUUCGCCAGCAAUGACGCGGAAGCGUUUUCAAGGUGGGGCCGCUUCGCCAACACUGCCCAUAGGUAUGGCGUUGGAACCGACGCAGAAGGAGCAACAGCCAUCGCUGAUACCAGUUAAUCGCAGUGAGAUGAAUACGCAACAGCGCGUACCCGGUAAUCACAGUCCCAUAGUGCUGCAACGCUUCUACCAUCAGCAAAACCAACUGCGCGAGAAAGAGUUAGAAAAGCGUAAGGAGCAGCAAAAGCAAUCCACAAAUCCCUUUCUCGUCGGCAAUUAUCUCUCAACCACUGUCGCCGCACCCGCGUCCAACACGCCAAUGCAUUACAGCAACAGCAGCAGCAGCACUGGCAAUCAGCACCACUACCAACUGCCACAACAGCAGCAACAACGCUAUCCGCAACAGCAGUCACACCAUCAGCACCUACCGCUAACCAGCGCUGCCUCCUCCUCACAUUCAACUUCUAGUCAAUCAUCCACACAGUCCUCAUCCUCACAAAUAGCACUGAGCGAUUUACACGAACACCAACAACGCUCGCCGCCUACUUGCGCACCACCGCCACCGCCGCAAACGUCGGCAGCCGCAAUCAGCACCGCCUUUGGCACGAGUCCCAGUCAACUGCAAUAUCAGCCGUUGCCGCAGCACUAUUUACCGUUGAAUGAAAGCGCAGUACGUAGCUCGCGUUCGCCACCUACCUCGCCAGAGCAGCUGUCUUCUGAUGGUGGCGUGAGCGGCAGUGGGAGCGGUGGUGGUGGCAGCGGCAUGGCGAGUAAGUUGAGCAAAUUGUAUGCGCGUCGGCAGUGGCAAACGACAACGGCGUCGACGAUACCCACGCAUACAGGCGUGGAGGCGGUGAGUGGUAGUGGUGGAGGCGGUGUUGGCUUAGCGGGCAAAGAGUACAGAGACGAACACGGCUGGUUUAACACAUUUGCCGGCGCCAUGAAGCGUCAAUUUGCCUCUUAUGUUAAAUUACAAUUGCAUUCUGCAGGCUCGCCUUCCACCAGUGGCGCAGCCAAUCAGCAUGAGGGCAUUGGCUACGAGAGCGCGCUGCCACCAAGCGCUCAGCCUGCCAAACCAACACUCGCCUACUAUCGUACGCUCUCCGCGGGCAGCAGUAGCAAUACGAGCAACAGCACCUCGCCAACGGAGGCGCAGCCGAAACCAGCGCAAACAGCAGGCAGUGACUUCUAUGAUGGCACCAGCGGUUUUUUGCGGCGCUAUGCCGCAGCCGGCGCGAGCGGCAUGACUAGUGGGUCCUCAAAUGCGCACUUGUUAACCGGCUUGGAUCGGCGCCACCGCAGUCCAGAUCCACCGCCGCGCUAUAAUCGCGGUCAAUCGCCACUGUUGCUGCGAAAGCAGCUGUUGGAGCUGAGCGGUCAGCCGCCAGGCGGUUCACCACUGCUCAAUAGACGCUAUGUGAAUGCUUCACCGCCUUUGCCACCACCGCGUCGUGGCUCGGAGAGCGUGCCCGGCUCGCCGCAACAUUUUCGCACGCGCAUUCAUUAUACACCCGAACCACAGCGGCGCAUAUAUCGCACUAUCGACCAAUGAGUAGCACUGCAAAUAAUGCUCAUGUGAUAUUGGUAUGGUUUUGAGGAGAAUGCAAGCGAUGCGGACGGUAACGGCGUUGGCGUUGGCAGCAACAGCGCUGGCGGCAGCGGCGUGUGCGCAACCACGCAGGACGACACGGCUUUGCUGGCGGCGCCCACCACAACGCGUCGCUUGCCCACGCGCCUUGCUGUCGGCAGCAGUGGCGACGCGCUGCACACGCAGUUGGCGGGCGGUGCGCCACCGAUCACCACCAGCCCGACAGUGGACCGCAUGACUGCAUCGGAUGUGGCCGAUGUGCUGGCGCGCGAACGCGACUUUUGGCGCUUGCGGCGCGAUGAGUAGCGGCGCGUGCUAUGUGUUUAUGUUUGUGAUGUUUGGAACGUUGAAUCGCGAAUUAAUUUAAAAGGAAUUUCCGUUGUGCUCGUGUCAGUUGCAAUUUUGUGAUUUUGUUGUUAAGCUUAAAGUGAAAAUAGCUAUAUUUCGUACACUACAUAUAGUAGACAAUGUAUAAAUGUGUAUGCGUAACAAGUGUGUGUUCACAGUAAACAAGUAAUUAUUGAAGUCCGGCAACGCCAAAAGUACGUUGGAAGGGAAAAUACAAAACAGGUGCAUUUUAGUGGCAAUAAGACGGUUGUAAAUUAUGCCAAUUAAUAUUAAAAAAAGUUGCAUUGCGAAAAUAUUGAAAAAUCAUAAAUGAAGACGACUGUUUUUUAGUUGUUUGUCGACUAUUAAAAGUUUCUAUAAAGUUGUUUUAUGAAAAAUUGCAUGUAAAUUGCAAAAUUUUUUAGUUGUUUGUCGACUAUUUAAAGUUGGUAUAGAGUCAUUUUGUGACGUAAUAACAUGCAAAUUAUACAAAAGUUGCUGUCAGUGUUAGAAACGACCAGUUGAAAAACUGUAACAACAGUGGAAAAUUUUUGAUAUGUUUUAGUUAAAAAAAUACUUUUUGAAGCAAUACUACUGAAACUUAAGCAGGUUUUUUGCAUAUUUUUCAAAAUUUCGAUUUGGUUUGUGAUCAAAACUGCGCAGUUUAAACAUUAAAGCUUGCUAUAUGUAACUGGUAUAAUGAAAAUUAUGUGUUGUAAAAUUUAAACCUUAACAAAUCUGUUAAAAAAAGUUUUUAGACACCUAACACGAACUGGUAUAAAACUGGUAUAACGCAUUUUUUUGCGUUAACUAAAAUAUUUGCAUACAUUACAGCGGUUUCGACAUAAUUACGUGUUGAACACGUUUAAAACAUUAAAAAUUCAACUGGUAUAAUUUUAAUUUUCGUGCAACUCCUGUUAAUAAUGUUGCAAGUAGCCAAGAAAUUGCUUAGAACAUGUUCUCAGCACUUUUAUUGAACAGUUAUACAACUGGUAUAAUUUUUCAAACAACUGUUUUGCUUGUUACGCUGAGUUUUGCAAUUUUUUCCAACUUUUUGUCAUAUGUUUCUUAAAUAAUUUCCUAAACUACGCAGUGGUACUGCAAAACAACACCACAAUAACUUACGAAACUUGUGCAGCGCACAAAGUACGCAUGUAAACUCUUAUAUACCAUAUAUACAUUGAGUAUAUGUUUAUGUAUUGGAACGGUUUCGCUUGUUGAUAAGCUAAUGCAUAUUUAGCAUUAAAAGCAUAUUUAUAAAGACUAAAAUGUAAUAUAAGUACAUAUUAAAUUAUAAUCACAUGAAAUAAGACGAAAAUAUUUCAAAAUAAAGUGACAAAAGGCAACGCGUGCACACGCUGGUCCAACUAAAAUAAUAAUAAUAAUAAUGCUUGACAAUUUGUAUGAUAGUUUUAAGCGCAAACAUAGCGUUCCUUACCCAUAGCAAAUUUAUUACCGUUGUAAGAAGUACUGUAUAUGAAAUAGCUGCUUUAAAAGAAUUUUAUAACUAGUGUGAAACUGUUAUAUAAAAUAAGAAAAAAAAUCAAUAUUUUCAAAAAUGUAUGUUUGUAAAUUUGCUGUGCAAAAAUUGGUAAUAAACAUACAUAUGUAAAUCAACCGACUGCAGUAAAGUUAAAAAACUAGUCUAAAAUGAUUCAGCAAAGUUGGGGAAAACGCCAUUUUUAACGUUUUGAAGAAGGAAUUGUGUAGAAUUUCGCAAAAAGAAAAAUUAACGGAGGAAUAGAGAGAGUAAAACUUCUUCCGGGAGAGUAAAAAUUCCUUCAAGAGAGUUAAAACCCCUUCAAGAGCGUAAAACUUCCUUCAGCAGAGUAAGAACUCUUUCAAGAGCGUAAAACUUCCUUCAGCUGAGUAAAAAUUCUUGCAAGAGAUUUCUUCAAGUUUGUUUUAUUAUUUCACGAAAUCUUGAAAAAUCUGUAAAUAAAAUAUAUCUGAGUAAAAAUAACGCAGAAAAAAUUUAGUUCCUUAAAAAGUCACAGACAGAAUUGUAAAGACGAAAAAAUUUGUAUAAGUGAAUAAAACGAAAGAUUAAAAUCUUAAAAUGGUAUAAAUUUGUCAUUUAAUAUUUUUUCGAAAAAAAAGAAAUUCUCCCAAACAACAAACACAACUCGGCUUUUUUCGUGCACAUAACAGAAGUAAAAACCGUUAUAUUUUUGACUGACUUAAACAAUUUUGUUGUAAUGUAUUUUGUAGGUCUAGUCUUUAAACUAGUUUGUAAGCUAAAUGACAAGUAAUAAACGUGUAAACUAAUUGUUAAGCGAUAACUGUAUAAAUUUAAAUGAUACUUAUAUAUGCGCAUGUGCAACGAAGUGGAGAAGCUAACAAAGUUAUAAAAUAUUUUACGAUAUAAUAAAUUGUAAAAAAAGUA